AUGAGGUGCAAGUCAGGUACCUCCGCUAGAGCAGGCAUCAGCCAGCAACCUCUGCUGGAGCAGGCCCUAGGCAGUGACCUCCACAGUAGAAGGUACAAGGGAGUUACUACCGAGGGAGCAGGCCCUAACAACCUGCAGGAUUGCAGAGCAAUAGCCAGGAGUUCUAAGCAACCUCCAAAAACACCAAAUAACUUCCAAGGGAGCAGGCCGGACCUCGACCUGCAGAACGACUCCGGCGAGUUCGUGAACCUGUACGUGCUGCGGAAAUGCUCCGCGAGCAACCCCAUCCUUGGUGCCAAGGACCACGCGUCCAUCCAGAUGAAUGUGGCCGAGGUUGACAGGGUCACAGGUCAGUUUAAAGGCCAGUUUAAAAUCUACGCUAUCUGCGGGGCCAUUAGCUGGAUGGGCGAGUCAGAUGAUUCUAUUCCCCGAUUGGCUCAAGGUGAUGGAAUUGUCUCCAAGAAUUUUUGA